AUGAUUAAUAAUUAUGAUAUUUCAUGCAUAAUAGAACCAGUUGAAAAGAGAGGUGGAUUAUAUUAAGGUUCCAUAAUUACUGCUACUAACAUGAAUGCACUAAUCUAAUAUAAUAUUACAUCUGUUUUAUCUGUCUGUUCAGAAUUUAGUAAACCAUCAUUAUAUUUCAGAAAUUUAAUAUGGUCCAGAAAUUAACAAUCUUAUACUUGAUUGUCAUGAUACACCACUCUAAGAAAUGACACAAUUAUUUGAUUAAGCUCAUUCAUUUUUAGAAACAUCCAGAUAAUUUACUAAUGUUUUAGUUCAUUGUCAUGCUGGUAAAUCAAGAUCAUCUGCCAUUGUUAUCUCUUAUUUAAUGAAAAAAAGAAAUCUUAAUUUAGAAUAAGCAUUAAUAUAUGUUAAAUAUUAAAGACCCAUUGUAUCACCUAAUCCUGGAUUCAUUAAGUAAUUACUCUUAUAUGAAUUAAAUUUAUAUGGUAGAAUUACUUCACUCUUAACUGAAUCUAUCACUCCCUAUUUCUAAAUACAAUAAUAAUUACAGGCAGUAUCACCUAAUAAUACACCUUCCAAAUAAAGAACAUCUAUUCAACUCUCUGAUACAUAUUCUGAUUCGAAAAGAUAACCAUUAAAUUCACCAUAACGCUCUGUACCUUCUAGUUUCCCAUUAAUUGUUUAAUCUCCACCAUAAACUAAAUAUUAAGAAUAAUAUCAAUCUAAUACUCCAUAAAUACAUAAAAAUACUAAUAAUAAGACCAAUACUUUUUCUUUUCAAUAACCCAUUUCUGUCCCAUUUACUGUACCAAUAUCCAAAGAAAUUGUUUCUGCUGUUAAAAAAAAUAAUGAAAAAAAUAAUGAUUAACCAAAAGUAGAAUGA